AUGGAGCGAAGGGAGGAAACCACGCCUCUUUUGAACGAUACCCUGUCACCGGCAGGCUACAAGACAACCUCUGCGUCCAGCGAUAAUGAUGAUUGCAUUACCAUCCUUACUUCCAAUCCACCCUCGUUGGCAAGUCGACGAAGCAGCACCUCCUCCAGCUCUAGUAGCAAAGGCACCACCCAACAGCAAGAUGAUAUCGUAGCUCGUCGCCUCAAUGGUGCAUCGCUGCUCACUGUUUUGGGAUCGAUUUGGGUUGCUGUCACGCUGGGUUCCUUGGAUUCAUCCAUUGUAGCCACGAUCUAUGCACAAAUUGGUACCGAAUUUCAAAAGUCGAACGAGAUUGUAUGGAUUGCCACAGCGUAUCUUCUGAGCUACACUGCAUUGCAGCCCCUGUAUGGCCGGAUCUCGGACGUCUUUGGUCGCAAGUCUGCUUUGCUCUUUGCAACGGUUGUCUUUUUCAUCGGCUCAUUGCUCUGUGGUGCUGCUCCCAACUUAUGGUCCCUUGUUGUAGCACGUCUCGUGGCUGGUCUUGGUGGUGGUGGUAUCAACACAUUGACUACUGUCAUUAUCAGUGAUUUGGUAUCUUUGCGAGAUCGUGGUAAAUACCAAGGAUACGGUAAUAUGGCAUAUGGUCUCGGCUCAUUGAUGGGUGGUCCAUUGGGUGGAUUCAUUACUGAUACAGUGGGAUGGCGUUGGUGCUUUUAUAUCAAUCUUCCAAUCCUUCUUGUCACCAUCUAUGUGGCAUCAUGCGUCAUGACCAACUAUAAUCUCAAAGAGCGCAACGACAACUCGACAUUGAUGCAACGUCUCAAGAUGAUCGAUUGGCUUGGUGCUGGAACCAUUGUAACAGCUGUGGUUGCAUUCAUGGUGGCAACUUCAUUGGGUGGCAACACACGUCCUUGGUCUGAUCCUUUUGUACUUGGUUGCUUGGCUGCAUCGGUGGUGUUGACCUUGCUCUUUGGUGUGGUUGAAGCCAAGGUUGCUGAUAAUCCCUUGAUGCCAUGGUCCAUUGUUACCAGUCGUACUCCACUCGCAUGCUCGUUGGCCAACUUUUGGACAUUGAUGGCAACCAUGUCGUCCGUAUACAUGAUUCCACUCUACUUGCAAGCAGUACUUGGAAACAGCCCAACUCGUGCAGGUCUCUAUUUGAUGCCUCGUAUUGUAUCGUUAUCAUGUGGCUCUGUAUUCUCAGGCUUCUUCAUCUCACGUACCGGUGAAUACAAGGGCAUCACCAUCACUGCCGCCUUUACCUUGCUCGUUGCCAUCACUGGAUACUCAUUCUGGACAGCCACCACCCCAUUGUGGUUCUACUUCAUCACCACUAUCCUCGAUGGCCUCUCCAUGGGCAUCCUCAUUACAACAACCCUCAUCGCCAUGUUGUCGACCAUUGCUGCAUCUGAAAUGGCCACCAUUACGUCCAUGUCGUACUUGUUCCGAUCUGCUGGUGGUGUCAUUGGUAUCUCGGUGACAUCGGCCGUCUUCCAAGCUGUCGUCAAGCGUAUCCUUGCUGAAAAGAUUACUGGCCCUGAUGCUGAAAAGUAUAUUGAAAUUGCCCGCCAGUCAAUGAGCGAGGUGCGUUCAUUAUUGCCAGCCGAUAUUUUGGAUAUUGUACUUGAUGCCUACGAGGUUGCCUUGCGUUACAGUUUCUAUGCGAUGGUUGCCAUGGCUUCACUUGCCUUCAUUUCCACCUUAUUUAUCCAACGCUUUGAACUUUCAACCAAGGUUGGCAAGUAA